GUAAGUACUAUGCAAAUAACUUUAAUUACCUUUGGCACAAAAACACAAAACAGUCAUCCCAGAUAAAAACAAGAAAAUUGUGUCACACGGAUACGUUGCCCAAUAUUUAUUUACUUACACUAUCGAAAAAGCCGUGGAUUUUUUUUAUUAGAUAACGCAACUAUUUACUUUAGAUAAAACGUGAAUCAUUUACUUAUCAGAUAUGAGUCUGUCGACAGGAUGGUGCUGCUGGAAUGGAUCAAGACGAAAAGCAAUCUGACGAAACGGAUAUGUCUGGGCACCAUCAUGGCGUCCAGCUUCGCGCUGAUAAUCUACAACGGACCGUUGGCCAUCCUGGCAACCAUCACAGCUGUACAAAUGAAGUGUUUCAGUGAGAUAAUCGAACUGGCGUAUGCCGCGAAAAAAGUGCCCAAGGAUGAGAAACUGCGUACCAUAAACUGCUACUUCAUGUUCGUCGCCAAUUACUUUUAUUACGGUGAACUGUUCAAGUUGAGGUUCGGUGUGUUUGCGCAAACUAUGGCGAUAAUCAAGGUGUUGAUGACUUAUCAUAAGUUCGUGUCGUUUUGUCUCUAUCUCAUCGGUUUCGUGUGGUUUGUGCUCAGUUUGACCACUACGCCGAUCAAGCGAAGGACGAAGUUCUCCUUGUUUUUCUGGACGCACUUUCUGUCGCUCAUAAUCGUUCUGCAGUCGGCUCUGAUGGGCAACUUGGUUUUUGAAGGGUUGAUCUGGUGCAUCGUGCCCAUUUCCAUGGUGGUGUUGAACGACGUUUGGGCCUUCAUGUUCGGUAAACUCUACGGGAAGACCCCCUUGAUAGAAUUGUCCCCCAACAAAACGAUGGAAGGAUACAUUUAUGGGGCACUAAUGACGAUUGCAACAGGUUGCCUAUUGUCGCACGUCCUAUGCCAUUUCCAAUACUUCGUGUGCCCAGUCAGUUACAUAGAAACCAACGGGGGAAUAAGGAUUGCAACUGAGUGCGAGCCCGACUACAAUUUCACCCCGGUCAACUUUUAUGGGGUGAAGACGUUUCCGUUCCUGGUGCACGCUUUGGUGCUGUCCACGUACGCCAGCAUAGUGGCACCGUUCGGAGGGUUCAUGGCGUCCGGCUUCAAAAGGGCGAUGAAGGUUAAGGACUUCGGUGACGUGAUCCCAGGACACGGAGGAAUGAUGGACCGAAACGACUGCCAGUAUUUAAUGGCCACCUUCAUCAACGUUUACCUUUACACCUUCGUUAAAACGGACGUGGAACAUUUGUACAAGAGGAUUUUGCAUCUGAACGACGACCACCAGCUGGAGUUUUACCAUCUGAUGGAGGAACACUUGAAACAAAUAAAACUGUUGUAAUUUUUGUGAGGAUUAAAAAUUGAACAGGC